CAUAAAUUCAUAUUUUCUGAUGUUACCCAAACCAUAAUAGGUCAGCCAUGCUGCAGGCCUUCUCCCUCACUUUCCCUCAAACUCGAUAUUUCAAAGCUGAAAGUUUGAUCUACAAGUUCAAGUUCAGAGGAGGAAGCAGCUUCAGAGGAGAGGGAGUUAUGGAAGAAAACUGCCUCAAUCAAGAAAUGGAGGAAAUUAUCAGAACGGUUCUCGGCAACCUGGACAAUCUCCAACCAUUCUCUAGUGCCCACUUUAAUGUGUACCCCUAUAAGAAGCGGUCUAAGGCGAUGCGCAAACAUGGUGGGAGGAGGUUGAAAGCUUACCCGUUUAAUCUGAUCCUCUACCUGGAGAAAAAUGUGCAGACUGAAAAACAAGCGGACAAGCUGAGCCCGGAGAAAGAGGUUGCACAGCAGUUCCCCUCUGUUUCUGAGCCCCCAAAAAAGUGCCGUCGAACAGAUUCACCACUAGAGGAGGCCAUACUAAAGGACUUGUUAAAGGACAUGGAGGCUGAAAGAAAGGUUUCUGUGGUUGGCGGGCUCCAAGAAGAUCCAGGACAUGCUGACGAGGACGGCUCCAAGGUGUUUGACAAACCUGAGCAGGAAUCAGGGGUCAACACACUCACUGAAAGUGGGACUUCAGGUGAAGUGCAUUCUGGGAUAAUACAGGACAUGGGAGAGGAGGAGGAGGGUGAUGAGGAGGAAGAUGCAGAUUCUGUCCCUGGGACACCUGUGAGGCCUGGGAUUCUGACUCGGCUGGCCAGCCAUGUCUUCCCCUUCUCCUUGUUCCUCAGAGAUGCCUGAGUGCUGUGGGAGAGACAGGAGGAGACAGGUGGUGUUACUGGUUCCAGUAGAGGAAACUUACCAGAGUUUGUUUGGUUAAAGUUCUGCAGUGCAAACAAAAAAGUGUUUGUUGGUUUUCAGAAAAAAGUAUUUUGUUCACCUGAUUAUUUUCUUUUCCCUUCAACCUCUAUCUCUACCUCUAACCUCUUUUAUAUUAGUGUCACUGGUGAUUUUUUCUGUUUGAUUAGAUUAAUCCUGUUGUUCACUUAUAUAAAAUGUUCCAUUACAUUAAAAU